UGUGAAACUUUUUGUGGCCUGUUUUUUUUUUUUUUCUCAUUACAAAAAUAUUCUAAUCAUAUUGCACCUUUUCUAAUUCAAUGGAUUACGUUGAAAAUAUAAAACCAAGUAAGAAAGAAAAGAAAUGGCACGUUCGUAUUUGUCUAACUCAAUUCAAACUGACGAUGCCCUGCGGGCGGUUUCAGUGAAGAGAGCCCCGCGGUGAAGGGGGUUUCAGUGCAUAAUAUUCAUAUUCCAGCAUGGUGUGACUGUCAGCACUUUAUCUUUAUUACUCUGAAUUGUUGUAAUAUAUUACAUGCAGUAUGUCUUGACCGAGAGCAGGGUAGCGUUUUAAAAUUUAACACAUUUAUUUCCCGAAACUAUUGGGGCGGUAGCUCCACCUUGAAGAGGAUCGGCCCCGCCCAGCCAUUAUCAGAUAUUGUGAUUAAACAGACAAAGUACUGAACCCUUCCUGCUUGUGAAAUCGGAGAUAAAAUGGGCCUGAAGACAAAGUGACACCUGCGGAAACCACACACAGGAGGUUCACAUUGCCACUUCGUGUUUUCAGCCGCCCUACACCAGGAAGAGAAUACCGACUGCGCUUCAAUUCUGAGUUGGGACUCAUUUGUGGCUGAAUGGAUACAGGCAAAGUCAAAUGGAAGAUCUUUUUCCUCUUCGUUGUUAUUUUCAACGUCAUGCUCUUCUACACUCUGAGCACACCCAGGACAGUCACACCCAUCCCACAACCCCGUGCACCUCCAAACACAUGCCCCUUCAGGAUCUCUAAUGACACCAUCACCCCCCUCGACAAUACCAAGCACUUACUGGUGUCAGCCUUCAUGGACCAGAGAGUGAAGGGCUUUGACAUUCGCAUCAUUGGAAUAUUCAGGAGAGACUCCAUCCAACCUCUUUACUGUGUUUUCUGCUGUUCAGGCCAUUUAUCAACUACAACUCCAACAACAAUUUUACAACACUCGGACAACUUUGGUUUUCCAUUCGUCACUACAGAUGUCAUGUGUCCGAUCCCUCAAAACUGCAACGCUACGCAUGUUAGUCUUCAGACUCAGCAAGACAAAGUGAAGGUAUUUAACCAAGCUUGGCUUCCAAUAAGAAACCAGAAGGGAAAGGAGGAGAAGAAGUUUGACUUCACAGUCUGCGUGUCCAACCUGUUUGGAGAUUACAACAAUGUGCUUCAGUUUGCACAGACCCUGGAGAUGUACAGGUUGCUGGGUGUGGACAGAGUGGUGAUCUAUAACACCAGCUGUGGCCCAGACCUCGAUCGCCUGCUGCAGGACUACAGCCAGGAGGGCUUUGUGGAGAUGGUUCCUUGGCCAAUCGACAAGUUUCUGAAUCCAUCUCGUGGCUGGCUCUUCUCACAGAGUGGGGGGGACGUGCACUACUUUGGUCAGCUGACCACGCUUAAUGAGUGCAUUUACAGAUCUAUGGAGCGCUCCCAAUAUGUCCUGUUGAAUGAUAUUGAUGAGAUUAUAAUGCCAUACCAACACAACAACCUAAAACUACUCAUGGAAACGCUUCAAAAACAGCAUCCAAGGACAGGGGUGUUCCUCAUUGAGAACCAUAUCUUCCCCAAGAAACAUUUUGAGCCAAAUGGGACAUUUCAUCUUCCUCAAUGGAACGGGGUGCCUGGAGUUAAUAUUCUGGAGCACAUCUACCGUGAGGACCCUAACAGAAAAAUAUACCAUCCACACAAGAUGAUAAUUCAGCCAAGGAUGGUGGAGCAGACUUCAGUGCACGAGGUGCUCAAGAAUUUCGGAGACCGGUACAAAGUUCCGCUAAAUAUUUGUCGGAUAAUUCAUGUCCGCGUUGCUCUGCAGGGAGCGUUGACUGUGGAACAGCUCAAUGUAGACAAACGACUGUGGGAUUUCAGUGAAAAACUGAUUCCCAAAGUGGACAAAGCAUUGGAGAGAGUAGGCCUGCUGAGCUCAAAAGGGCAGAGGUGAUGGAUGGGAUGGACAGACUCAGAUGGACAUACAAACUGAACAGUUUGAGUCUUUGGAACCUCUGAAAGGAGUCGCUUGGGAAGAUCAUUGUCAAUAAAAUGCUAAAUUAUUUUCGUAAAUCAGUUUGUAUGUAUCAGCACAGUAUGCUUAUAAACCAGCUGUGCUGUUGGACUUCACUGCAGCCCACAGUGUUUUAAUCCUUCAGCUGGUUUCUCACCAUUAGCUCUUACCUUGAUUAAGAGUUAGCUGUCUGGCAGACAAAUUUUACAAAUGGUUUACCAUAUGUUUUUUAAACACAUGGUCAGUGUAGUUACGUAUGCUGAUGACUUAGUUUUGUUCAUUGGAGCUGAGAGAAAAUUCACAUGCUGAGUAGCAUGUCAUCACAAAAAUGUCUCAUAAAACUUGAAAUUGUACAAAUACAGUGGCCAGUGUAGUUCUGCGUCAUUGCUUUUGCACUAAUGUGUGUGAGAUGCACAAAAAGCUGUCUUGGCUACCUGUGGAGCUUGACUUAAAAUCAAGUCUUCUGUUAUCCAUGGAGUCUGUUAAGUGGAACGGUAUGAUGAAAACUGUUCUGUAUAGAUGUAGCCUGGAGUAUGUUCCAUGCCAGCAUGAGGCAGAUGAAAAGAGAUUUUCUUUCAAAGAGUCCUGAAGAACAAACUGUUGCAUCUGACUGAGAAAUUUUUUUGUUGUGUCUAUUUUUAUUGCUAUGAGUGAAUUAUAAUUUUAGUUUUCUUUCCAUUGUGGGGAGCAUUUGUUUUCUAAUCUCUGAUCUGUGUCUGACAUGUGUUGUGUUUUAUUGUCUUGUUGAUAUAAAGUGAUUUUGUAUAACACUGAACAUUUUGUGGUAGCUCUUGGGAAUCUGGGAAAAAAAUUAAAAUCCAACAAAACACAGAAAAAUGUUUAACUGGGCUGAAAUGGUGACAUGUAGAAUAACCUGUUCUGUUAAGAAAGUUCACUGUGUUUUUUAUAGUUUACAUCCUGCUGUUGAUUGGAUUAACAACUCUUGUGUGAUAUCUUUUGUCAACACUGUAAUCAUCAUCAUAGCAGUUAAGAUAUGGGACAUAAAAUUAAAAUAAUUAACUAAAAAGAUGGCAAAACA